CUUUUGGUACUUUGCGUCUUUCUCUUUCCCUCAAAAGUCUAAACACUCGAAGAAGCAUGAAACAAAAUAAGAUUUACACAGUUGAAAAAAGUAAUUAUUUAAUUUAGUUAUGAUUACUAUAUUAAUACAAAAAAGGUAAGAGGGAGACAAAGGUUUUUGUUUCUCCGCGACGGUGUCUGUAGAGAUUCCUGAGGUUUUUCUCUUGGAUUCCCAGAUUUAUUCAAAAAUAUACUAAUAAAAUAAAAAUAAAAUAAUUGUUUUGAAAAAAACUGGUGAAAAUCAAAGAGAAGUAAACGCCAAUAAUAGUUGAUUUAUGGUUUAGGAUUCCCAGAAUCAUCACAAUUAACGAGGCUAUAUGUAAUUUGUUUAUUUUAAAAUCUCCUGUAAAUUUCGUCUUCGAGCAAGAUCUAAAAAAAGAGAAGAAUACUAUAAUUUAAAGCUCAUUCCAAGGUUAAACAACAAAACAAGCAUUUUGUGUAAAGCAGAGAGAACAGAGCACAAAAGACUCGGAACUUUGGCCUUCCUCUGAGGGGUUUAUCUUUAGCUUUGGCUGCUACUAAGUGUACAAAUCACACAAACAGGGUUUUCUUGUUCAAUAAAUGGAGAAGGCUGUCGUUAAAACAUCGAAUCUUUCAGACAUCAUCUCCAAGUUCGCUAAAGUCUGCAAAUUCAGAUCCGUUGGUGUGUUCCCUGACCAGAAGCCAAGUCCUAACGACCCUUGUAACGAAGAAGUAGAAGAGUUGUUCUUCGAAGAUGAUAAAGCCGAAACUCGGGAUAUCACUUGCAAACCUUCGAGAAAGAUUCCAACUUUUCGUUGGAACGAUGCUGAGGUUUCGAAGCUUUUCGACACCGUUACAGCGCUUAAGCUCGCCUAUCUCGAGUUUCAACGAGCUCAUCUGCCUUACGAUCCAGACAAGAUCAUAGAAGCAGACAACCUCGUCGUGUCUCACCUCGAGACGCUACGAAGACUCAAACGCCUCUACCUCAAAACCAAGCAGCUCCAGGCCAAGGCCGAGCUCGACGCUGCUUCUUGCUUGAACCGGUUAAGAGAUGAAGUUGAAGCGAACGAGAAGCGUUUGUGGGAACUCAAGACGCAAUUAAAACCAAAAGAGAGUGAGAUUCACACUCUCAAGGAGACACUCAACUGUUUGGUCGCAGAGAACAAGAAACUCGAAGAGAGGCUCGUGAGUGUCUCCUCCUUUGAGUUUGUGUUUAGAUCUGCUUCUAAGUCGAUACACGACUUUGCAAAGCCGUUAAUCACUCUCAUGAAAGCUACGGAUUGGAAUCUGGAGAAAGCGGUUGAAUCCAUCGUUGGAAACGUGACGUACGCCAAGAACUCAGACAAGAAGUUCGCUUUCGAGUCGUACAUCGUUCGGAGAAUGUUCCACGGGAUGAAGCUUAAUCCUUACGAUGUGACCGAGCUAAUGAGUUUAGACGAUCCGUUAGACGCGUUAACAGCGUUUCCUGAUUCCGCGUUUGCGAGAUUCUGCGGUCGGAAGUAUCUCUUGGUUGUUCAUCCGUCGAUGGAAGCUUCCUUCUUUGGGAAUUUGGAUAUGAGGGGGCUAGUUAUGCUUGGUAAGCAUCCGAGAACGGUGUUCUAUCGAAUCUUUGCGAAAAUGGCGAAGUGGGUAUGGGUUCUUGGGUCGUUUGCAGCGUCUUUGGAUCUAAAAGCAAAGAUCUUUGUGGUCGGAAGAGGAACAAAGUUCUCAAGUGGGCACAUGGAGUCUGUAGUGGGUGAUGAUGCAAGAGAAGAAGAAGAAGAAGACUUGAGAGUUGAGUUUAUCACAAUGCCAGGGUAUAAGGUUGGAGAUUCAGUGUUUAAAUCUCAUGUUUAUCUUUCUCAAACAGAAGGGUGAGAAAGAACAGCUCUUUAGAUUUUGAUUGUUUGAAAAAUUUUCAGGUAAUCAUUUCUGCUCUAGUUUUGAAAGUUCUGUAGGUAAGGGGAUAUCAUUUGCUUUGUAACUAUGUACACAUUUAAGAUUCAGUGUGUUGAUUCUAUAAGCAACUUAAAUCUUCGUGCAUCAGUAAAAGUCCACAUUCGUUUUGGCUGGA